AUGGGGGAGAAAAUUGUGAUAGCUGAUUGUGACAAGUCUACUCUGCAAAAUUACUUGAAGCAGGAAGACAAACAAUACUUCUUGGGCCGCAAAAUCGGCCUGAUUGUUGACGAGUGUUUGGUGUCAUCGCUGCAGGAAACGCUCCAAAUAGGAGACGGACUGGUGGGUUUGUUUCCAUACUUCGAUUUGGUGUGCAUGAACGUAUCGAUCGGAGGUCAAAUGGAGUGCAGACAUGGGUUUUAUGGCAUCAUGUACCCCGCUGGCUUCCGCAGAUAUGUGCUCAACGUGGGAUACAGAAGCAGCAGCAGUAUUCUGCACUUCAACUCAAAGAUGCUGCACAGAAUAACAAGAAAACACAUAUGCGGAACGAGUAUUUGUUCCAUCUCGCCGCGAGUUCCGAACGAGGACAAUAUUAAAGUGGAAUUUCGAACCGAUCACCAAGAAAGAAAAACUGUUGUGAAAAAUUGGUUUCAAACACAAAAUGAGUCAGAUUCGAUUGCUAUCAUUGUAUUUUCCAAGAAAAGCGGCUUAGUGAGUUCUACUGCAACGCGGCAAAAUCACAGCAUCCUUGAAACAAUCGAAGUUGAUACGAAACAAAUUUUCACCAACGAACCGCUUGAUGAUUAUCGAACUCUUUUGUUUUCGGGGUGUGAAUUUGACCAUGUUUUGAUCAUUUUUGAAUGCGAUACCAGCAUACAUGAUAUUUCGGAUAGUGGUUCAACUCAGGGGCAAACAUUUGGACAAAAUCUUCUGAUUGCUACAACACGUGCCAGGAAGACACUUACCAUUUUGGUGGCCAAUGAAGAGCAGAAGGGGCAACUUGACAUAUUCAGGGAAGACGACCAUCAACUGAUUGUUGCCCAGGUGAUUGGCAACGAAGAAAAAGAGAAAGCAAUUCUGAAGGAAAAGCUCAAGGGAAAUUAUGAAAAUGAAACUUUGAAAGAUGUGCUUCGCAUUGUUACUCAUCGAGAAGAUAUCGAAACAUUCAAAGAAGUCGUCGGCAUUAUUUGGCGCAAAGGUGGAACAAAUAAGAAAAAUGACACUGUUAAUGCUUUUAUCGACGCGGUACUUCCAGGAUGCAUUGGUCGGCAGAAAAGCAUGCAGUUUCUAAAAAAACUUGGAAAACUUAUUGCACAUUAUAAUUUUCGCGAAACGAUAAACAGUUGCCCUCACAAGGAGGCAAAGAAAAAAUUGACUCGUUGGUUCGUUUCUGCCUACUACCGAGCACGAAUUGAGACACUGGAUUGGCGCAUGGAACUCGGCCCUACGAAUUUGUCAGCAGAAGAGAAGGUGUCUCUGUUUAAAGAAAUACUGGUUGCAGCUUUGAAGGAAGGGUCUGAACUAGUGGUCAAGCAUGCUUUCGAGAAGGGUUCGGAGUUCUGUGGCGUUGACGAAACGGAGAUCGGCAAAAUCAUUGACGGACUUCAAAUUGAAAUUGAUUCCGUCCAGUACCAUUCUCCUUUGUCGGUUAUAACUCGAACCAACAAGGACGUUGAUUUAGUUGAAUACUUGCUGCGUAAAAUACAUCAAUUUGAAAAUAACGAAAGCAAAAUUGUGGAAAUUAUAAAAGAAGCGAUGAAAUGGUCGGUUCAAUAUCCAAGUUUCCGGAUGCUUCGAGUACUCAUUGCAGAAGAGCAACACUUUGCUAUUUUGAGAGAAAUUUUGCAGGAAGCGAGCGCCGAAUGGGUUCGGAGAUUCAUAGAAACCGUCAACAGAAUCACUGAAUCGGCAGAGAAUGCCAACUGGAGCGACGACAACAAAGAAUUACUCAAAUUCAUCAUAGAGAUGAAAAAUACGGUGACCUCGAAAAUUGGGAAUCGUGGAUUAUGAGACUUUUAAUCAUGGUUUAUAUAAUUAGUUUAGUUAAUUAUUUUCACGAACAAAAGAGACUCAUGCGGGCGGAAUCUUCAUGCCAGAAGGACCGACUGUCCUAAAACUUUG